CACCGCACUGAUCUGAUGGCUGGAGCCAGGUACUUAUCCUGGUCUCCCAUGGGGUGCAGGGCCCAAGCACUUGGGCCAUCCUCCACUGCACUUGCCUGGCCACAGCAGAGAGCUGGCCUGGAAGAGGGGCAACCGGGACAGAAUCCGGCGCCCGCCAACCGGGACUAGAACCCGGUGUGCCGGCGCCGCAAGGUGGAGGAUUAGCCUAGUGAGCCGCGGCGCCGUCCUCCUUUCUUUUUAAAUGACAGUUUUGCAGGAUAUAGAAUUCUUGGCUGGUGAUCUCCUUACAGGACUUUGAAUAUGCCAGUUUGGUUUCUAUAUUUCUGAUGAAAAGUCAGCUUUUUAAAAGGUGAUUGAUUAGUUUUAGAGGAAGUAAGGGAAGGAGGGGAAGAGAGAGAGGGAGAGAGAGUGAGCCAUCUGUCAGUUCAUUCCCCAAAUUCUUACAACAGCUGGGAUGCUGAAGCUGGGAGUUGUGAACUUAAUCCAGGUCUCCCAUGUGGGUGGCACAAUGCAACUACUUGAGCCAUUGAGCCACCACCACUGCCUCCUAGGAUCCGAGUUAUCAGGAAGCUGAAAACAGGAGCUGGACCUGGGGAUUGAAUCCAGACACUCUAAUAUGGGAUGUAGGCACCCUAAUUAGUAUUUCAACUACUAGUCCAGAUCCUUGCCCAGACAAAUCAACUGUUGAUCUUAUUGAGGAUCCCCUGUACGUGGCGAGUUGCUUUUCUCAUGCUGUCUUUUUUUUUUUUUAAAUAUGUAUUGAUUUAUUUGAAAAGCAGAGUUACAAAGAUGCAGAGGCAAAGGCAGAGUGAGAGAGAGAUCUUCCAACCACUGUUUCACUCCCCAAUGGCGUAACAGCCAGAGCUGGGCUGAUCCAACGCCCGGAUCCAGGAGCUUCUUCUGCGUCUCCCACAUGGGUGCAGGGGCAUAAGAACUUGGGCCAUCUUCUACUGCUUUCCCAGGCCAUAAGCAGGGUGCCAGAUCAGAAGAGGAGCAGCUGGGACAUGAACCAGUGCUCAGAUGGGAUGGCAACGCUGCAGGGAGAGGCUUCGGCUACUAUGCCACGAUGCCAGCUCCUUUUUCAAUUCUUUGAGUAUAUUUAGAAUAGUUGGUUUGAAGUCUUUAUUGGGAAGUCCACUUUUUGGUCUUCUUCAGACAGAGUUUCUGUUGAUUGCUUUAUGCCCUGUAUAUGUGUUAUGCUUUCUUGUUUUUUUGUAUGCCUCAUAAUUUCUUGUUGAAAAUUGGAUCUAUAAUAAUUGAAUACAUUAGGAAAACUCUAGAAAUAAGAUUCUUCCCAUUCCUCAGGGUUUGUUGUUACUGUGGCUUGUCUGUUUAAUGACUUUUGGAAUUAAUUCCAUAGUCUCUAGUCAGUUAAUGACUGAACAGAUUGUCUUGAUGCAUGGAAUUAGUAAGUCUCUCACUUUUGCAGAGGAGCUCUGUGUGUAUGUUGGGGCUUGGCUUCAACAAUCGGACAGGAAGUUUGUGACCCUGGUCUUCCUGCUUGUGCAGAGCCUCAAGGUAAGCCAGGAGGGAGAGCGUAGGACCUUUCUUAGCUGUUUCCUGCACACGUGCACGGCCCUGGCAUGUGCACAGAUCUAUGCCUGUAUGUGGCUUUCUAGAUUCCCAGGAAUUUGUCUUCCAAGCCACUCCCAGAUUUUCCUUGUUAAUAUUUUGGUUGCUCCAACCAUUACCCAUUGCCUCAGGCAGCCACAAAGUCCAACAAUUAUCUCCAAUUGUUUUUGACAAAUGUCCUUAGGGAAAAGCUAUUCACUUGGGGCAAGCUCUGAGUCAGGUCAGAUAAAGACAACUUUGCUACAGGAAUCUUCCAGGGAACCACCGGACAGUCCAAAUAAUGACAACUCUCUGGGCCUGGGGCUUUCAGGGGCUCCAAGCCUAUUUUACCCCUUCUUGUGGCUGCCACAUUGCCGAUUUCCACUGUGAUUGUGAAAUACUGUUUGUCCAAGGGCACUGAGAACAAGAGGGGAUGGAAAGUGACAAUGCCACAAAACACACUUUAUUACUGAGACGAUGUCAUCUUCCUUGUGUAGAUACUUCCUCAGCUCCCUGUACGUGUUUGGUUCAUUUCCGGAGUUCUGAAAAAGUUCUGACCAUUCCCCCAACCCCGCCCCGUUUUCUCAUGGCUUUCCCAGAGGAAAGGAUUGCCAGAGGUCUUUGCCAUUUUCCCUGACAGCCCCUGCAGUAUAUUUGAAGUGUCCUCCUCUGUGAUGGCCCGCCCAUUUCUCAAGGCCAAACUCCAGCAUCUUCUUGGUUGGGAAGCUGUCUCUGUCCUCGGGGCAAAAGAGCCAGCUGUUCCUCUACUGUCCUGUCCCUCUGAGUUCAGCCUCUGCAGUCCACUUGGGACGAAUGACAAUACUUUAUAUCUGUUCCUGUUUUUCCUUCUUGCCUAUGAGCUCCCUGUCGGUGACUGAGGCAUCCCCCACGCCCAGCCUGGGCGCGAACAUGCAGUAGGCGUCUGUUUGCAGGCUGAAGAGUGUUGCCAUAGGAGACCUCAGAGCUGACCCAGGGAAGUGGGCUCCAGCCGCCAUUUCUCUCCUCCUGCUUCUGUGAUGCAUAGCCGCCCUGUUGUGUCUUCAUUGCUUUGCAGGUGGCGAGCUCUGUGGGAUGAGCACAGCCCCAGAGGACCCAGUGAGUAGAUGCUGAAAAUAGGAAGCAAAAAGUAAAAACCAAGCCUGUGUGGCUGGGGUUCAACAGUAAUGAGAACAACUGUAGCAGUUACUGUGCUGGACCCCAGGCUAAGCACUUUUUAGUCAGUAUCUCAUGUAAUUCUAACCAACUCCAAAGAGCAGGUACCAUUACUCUCAUUUAAUAGGUAAGGGAAGUGGGUGAACUGGGCUUGGAUGAAGGACUGACUCUAAAGCCCAUAUUAUUUUUUUUCCCAAUAUUUAUUUAUUUAUUUGAGAGGCACAGUUACAGAGAGAGGGAGAGACAGAGAGAGAGAGAGAGGUCUUCCAUCUGCUGGUUCACUCCCCAAAUAGCCACAAAGGCUGGAGCUGGGCCAAUCGAAAGCCAGGAGCCAGGAGCUUCUUCCCGGUCUCCCAUGCGGGUGCAGGGGCCCAAGCACUUGGGCCAUCUUCUGCUGCUUUCCCAGAUCAUUAGCAGGGAGCUGGAUUGGAAGUGGAGUAGCUAGGACUCAAACUGGUGCCCAUAUGGCAUGCUGGCGACACAGGCAGAAGCUUAACCUACUGCGCCACAGCGCCGCCCCAAGCCCAUAUUCUGAACUGUGCCCACAUCUGAGGGAUCUGAGAGGCGAUUUGGAGGAAGGAAAGCCACUACAGCCUUUCCCUUCCCUGGUACUUGCUCUGUCUCCUUAUCCAAAGAGAUGUGGCUCCCAGGUGUGUUCAUCCCAGCCUGGGCUCAGCUGGGACACCUUAUCCUGUAUAGCAAGAUAGCACUGCAGGUCUCAGUGGCUCCCAGGGCUGAUAGGGUGGAGAGGCCUCAUUUCCCAGACACUGGGGAGACAGGUGCAGUCCAGAGGUGAGAGAGAAAAAACGACCCCUCAUCAUCGCCCAAGAGACCCAACAUGGUGACAACCCCAGACUGCUGGGUGAGUCAACCACAUAGAGGCAAGAUGUAAUCCCGAGGGCUCGGAGACAUUUUAGCAAAUGUUAGCGGCAGGCUCCGCAGAACAGCCCCGUCCGCGGGAAGGGGGAGUCAUGCUAGCACGCAUGGCAUGGGCACACUCUUCGGCACAAGGGACCUGGUUGCUAAGCAACAGUAACUGGCCUCCCUCCUCCCCAUAACCUUUUUUCUGAGUUUCUGAGCUUCUAGUUGGCAGGGGAGGGGCUGGGGCUACCCAACCUAGUAGCACUUGGCUCCCUUUCCCUGAGACAAGGGGCCUAUUCAUGGGGCCUGAGCAGAGUUCAUUGUCUCUCUGGCAUGUGUGUGUGUGUGGAGCAGGGUGUAGGGAGGGGCCAUGUGUGAACCAGGGAGACCUUCUCCUCUAACCAGACAGGCUGGGCUGUUUAAUCAAUGCUGACCCAAGGACAGGAGCAGAACGCUGCCUGGCAGACCCUGAAGCCUUCCAUCCGGGCCAUCCACCUACACGAGGUCGGGCAAAGCCAGUUCAGUGGAGCUCCUGGCAGGCCUGGGGGCAGUUUUGGCGUGAAGGGAACACUCCAUGCGAUACCCGAGAAGCACAUCUAAGCCAGCGUUGCUUUGGAGUCAGUGCUGCUGGCUUUUAUGAUCACUGUGUCGACCGAGAAACAUGGCCAGUUCAACUAAGGAGACGUGUCUGGUCGCCUGGGGGAACUCCCUGAGAAAGGACCCACAGUCUAACGCCUUUCUGAUGGAUAUUAUUCUACCAGUUCAAGCCCUGUUCAUCUGUGAGGGCCUCUCCCAGGAGCUGCCUCUUCUAGGAAGCCUUCCCUGAUCUCCUCAGUGAGAAAGUCUGAUGCUGGAAAAGCCAUCCCCGAUGGAAGCUCAGUGCACAGGGCAGAGCCCGGGACCUGGGACCUUUGGAGCAAAGCCGGGAGACCAGCAGCAGCCCAGCAGGCCAGACUGGGCCACCGGGGAGCGACAAGUCUCGCAGGCGGGGUGCUUGUGUUCCGUGAGUCGCGGCUGGACAGUGCUGGGAGCUGUGGGACUGCUGGUCGGGGCCGGUGUUGGCUCGUGGCUCCUAGUGCUGCACCUGCAGCCGGCCGCCUCUCAGCCCAUCUCCGAGCCCUUGCAGGAGGAGGGGACGACUGUGAACUGCUCAGAGACCAGCAGCCAGGAAGCUCUGCUCCCGGUGUUUCCCAAAACAGUAUCUUUCAGAAUAAACAGUGAGGCGUUCUUGCUGGAAGUGCAGCUGAGGGACCGGCCAGACUGGAUCCUGGUCUGCCAUGAGGGCUGGAUCCCUGCCCUGGGGGUGCGGAUCUGCCGGAGCCUUGGGCAUCUCAGACUCACUCACCACAAGGGAGUGAACCUGUCUGACAUCAAGUUCAAUGGCUCCUGGAAGUUUGCUCAGCUCUCUCCCAGACUGGAAGGCCUCCUGGAGGAGGUGUGGCUUCCCAGGGACAACUGCACCUCUGGCCGAGUUGUGUCCCUCAAAUGCUCUGAAUGUGGGACAAGGCCCCUGGCUUCCCGGAUAGUCGGUGGACAGGCUGCGGCUCCUGGGCGUUGGCCGUGGCAAGCCAGCGUGACCCUGGGCUCCAGGCACACGUGCGGGGGCUCUGUGCUGGCACCACACUGGGUGGUCACUGCAGCCCACUGCAUGCGCAGUUUCAGAUUGUCCCGGCUAUCCAGCUGGCGUGUCCACACAGGGUUGGUGAGCCACAGCUCGGCCAGGCCACACCAGGGGGCCAUGGUGGAGAGGAUCAUCCUUCACCCCUUCUACAGUGCCCAGAAUCACGACUAUGAUGUUGCCCUCCUGCGGCUCUGGACACCACUCAACUUCUCAGACACCGUGGGCGCCGUGUGCCUACCUGCAGAAGAGCAGCGUUUCCCUGGCGGCUCGCAGUGCUGGGUGUCUGGCUGGGGCCACACCGACCCCAGCCACGCCCACAACUCGGACACGCUCCAGGACGCGGUGGUGCCCCUGCUCAGCUCCCAGCUCUGCAACAGCUCUUGCAUGUACAGCGGGGCCCUCACCCCCCGCAUGCUCUGUGCCGGCUACCUGCAUGGGAGGGCCGACGCCUGCCAGGGGGAUAGCGGGGGCCCCUUGGUGUGUCCAGAUGGGCAUAUGUGGCGCCUGGUGGGGCUGGUCAGCUGGGGUCGUGGCUGUGCAGAACCCAAUCACCCAGGGGUCUACGCCAACAUGGCUGAGUUCCUGGACUGGAUCCACGACACUGUGCAAAGUCCACUAGAUGGAGGAGCAGCAGCAGCCCUGAUGCCGACUGUGUGAGAUCUCCUACACGGCGAGAGAGACCAGCUGCCGCCACCCACGGGCCACCAGGCCCUGAUUUUGAGAGUCUGUUUCUCAACAACAGGCGAGAGACUGGGGCUGGGUUAGAAAUGCUAGGGGAGGUGAGAGAUGACGAGGACGAGAGGGUCCGUUGCUGGAGACGAAGAGGCUGCUGGGAGCAGCUGGGAGCCUACCCUUCCACCCUCUCCCCUCCCCAGCCACCUUGUGCGUCAUUAGGGACGUACAGGGUACCCCUGCUCCUGCCUUCUCUCUCUGGCCUGAGGCAGGGGCACGCUAAGAGCCUCUGCAGAGGAUCACCUGGCACCAAGGCUCCUGGGCAGAUAAGGUCAAGGCCAGGCCAGCCCAGAUUAGGCCCAAGGAGUUGGGGUUCUCCCCAUUGCCCUGUUGGUCUCAGCCACUUCCUGUUCUCCCUGGCUAUGUGGGACUUGCCUGGGGUGGGCAGGAUGCUGAGCAACAAGGAGGUUGGUGGUGGAAUAGGGUGUUGGUUUAAAAUAGGAGCUCUGCACAUGGGUCCAAGGAGUUCUGGCAUUCAAGUGAGUGAAGUGCUAAGUGGUCUUGGUUCCGGUCCCUGCUGUUUCUCACAUGGACCCAUCAUGGGAUGGAAACACAACUUUCCUCCCACACAUGUUGUUUGAAGCUUUGGUACUGACUUCUGUUCAUCUACUCUAGAUUUUUGUCAUCUGCUUAUUAAUUUCAUCCUCUGUCUUUUAAGUUUAUCAUUUUGAAAAAAAAAAUCAUUCCCACAUUCUUUCACUCUUCAAAUGCCUGAAAUGGCAGGGGCUGGGCCAGGUCAAAGCCUAGGGCUGGGAACUGAAUCCAGGCCUCCCAAGUGGUGGCAAGGGCCCAGCUACUGCAGCAUCACUGUUGCCUCCUAGGGUAUGCAUUAGUAGGAUGCUGGGACUGGGAGUUGCGCCAGAACCCAGACACUUUGAUGUGGGAUGUGGGCAUCCCGGCGGGUGUCUUAACUGCUAUGCCAAACACCCACUCCUAUUUAAUUCAAAUUUGUUGCAUCUGCCUCUGAUGAAAAGCCCCAGCUGACCAGGUGCUUCACAGCUUCAAGUCUGCAAACCAUGCAGGCCCCUGCUCUCGCAGGGAAGGUUAAACUCCCUGCAGGCCUGUCUUUCCCUCUUAGCUCUUGUUUUGGAAUAGAGCCUUUGGCUCGGGACAUCUCUUUCUGGGUUUAUGCCCAAUUACCAUUUUCCUGGUUAAGUCUUUCCCCACUUUCUCUUCUGUGGCAAUUAAAAUGCAAUUGGUAUCUUGUUUCUAAAAACUGCCAUGAAUUUUUUAUGGUGCUUACCCAAGGAAAUGCAAUUAGUGUUGAGCAAUCACAGAACUUUGUGGGUUUAUCAGCAUAUUUUUUUUCGAGGUGGUGUACAGAUGAUCACUCUUUCCUGGAGGGUCUCCUGUACUUACACAAAGUGCAUUAAAAAUUCAGGGUGUGCAUUUACUGUCGGUUUAUUACUUGCGGAGGAGCUUCCUGGGAGUCUGCUGUCCAAUUGCAGAAGUGAUGUGGAGAGGUUCUGCUGGGGUGCAGAACAGCCCCACCCCCAACGCCGUGGCCCUGAAACCGAGACCUUCGGCCAUCACCACCUUUUACUAACUGGUAACAUUUGGCCAGUGCUUUGCAGUGGAUAAAACUGGCUCACCUGUGGGAUCUCGCAUCUUGGUAGUGGUGCUAUGACUAUCUCUGCCCCCAAUUUACGGAGAAGAACAUUCGUUCAGAGGGGCUAAGUAACUCUCCUAACAUCACGCAGCUAGUGAGCACGAGGCCCAGGAUGUGAACUGUGCGUGCUUUCACUCCAAAUCCAUGUCUUUAUCUUGCACGUGGGUGAAUGACAGGGCCUCAUGUCGCACAGAAGGGUAGCAUUGGAAUACAUCCACCAGCUCACCUGUCAGGUCACCUGCAUCCCGUAGUGCACUGCUUGCUACUUUCUAUAGGUGAGGUCAUGGACACCCAAGGAGGGCGGUGGCCCCUGUCAGAGACUGGGCUCACCCAAAGUGGGGCAGAACUGGAAAUGCAAUAAACACUGCCAGUGGCCACUGUA